AUCAAGAAACCACCAGUAACGACCCAUCGCCCAACGACGACACGAUGGUUCGAUACGCAGCCACCGAAAUCCACCCGGCGAAGUCGGCUCGCGCGCGCGGAGCAUACCUCCGUGUGUCCUUCAAGAACACCCGCGAGACCGCCCAGGCCAUCAAUGGCUGGAAGCUCGAGCGUGCCGUGAAGUUCCUCGAGAACGUCCAGGAGCACAAGGAGGCUGUUGCCAUGAGGAGGUACGCCGGCGGAACCGGUCGCGCCGCCCAGGGCAAGGCUUUCGGUGUCACCCGCGCCCGCUGGCCCGUCAAGUCGGCCGAGUUCCUCCUCGGUCUCCUCAAGAACGCUGAGGCCAACGCCGAUACCAAGGGUCUCGAUACCGGUAACCUCGUCGUAAAGCACAUCCAGGUCAACCAGGCACCAAAGCAGCGCCGCCGCACAUACCGUGCACACGGUCGCAUCAACCCAUACAUGUCGAACCCCUGCCACAUCGAGUUGAUCCUGACCGAGAGCGAGGAGGUUGUGGCCAAGGGAGAGGCCGUCGAGGGACGCGAGGUGCUGCACUUGAGCUCGAGACAGCGUGGGGCCCGCCAACGCGCGGCCAUCACUGCUGCUUAAGUUAGAGUAGAAAGAGAAUUUUUCCAAGAACGGGGCUGGGAUUGUGAGUGAGGCGCAAUGACUUGGGCUGGGUGCGUUCCAGAUCAAAGGUCUGUGUACUUCAGUAGCAUAUGGCAGGGUAUUGGUCACGCAUAUGAGCUCGUUUUGUUCCU